UGUUGUGUUUUUCGGGGGAGUUGGCAGCUUUGACAUUUGGGCGACACGACUUGACUUUGAACUAAUUUAAACAAUUUAAUGUAAAUUUUUAUUAGAUUUGUGACGAUUAAUCUAAAUAAAUGUGCAGAGUGAAAUGCUUAAAAUGAACAUAACCUGCACUCGCAUUUUGUCAGCGCUUAAUCAAAUGCUUGAGUUGGCUCUUACUCAAGUGCUCUUUGUAUUAUAAAUCAGAUAAUACGCAAUGGAUGUCCAGACAAGUCGCAUGGUCCCCGACGGUGGAUUUGGCUGGGUCGUGGUCGCCGCCGUGGCCGUCAUCAAUAUGACGAACCAGUCGAUAUUAUCGGUGUUUGGACAACUAUUCGUGGGAGAACUGCAACGCUUGAAUGAGGACACAUUCACCGCAGCACUUAUAACCAAUCUCAACAGUUUGGCCUUGAACUUCUCCGGCUUAUUCAUUGGUCCGGCCAUCAAGAGCUUUAAGCCACGGAAUGUUGCUGCCACAGGAUGUGUAAUGGUUUCCUUCGGCUUGGCCUUGUGCUCGAUGGCAACCCAGACCUGGCACUUUAUUGUUGGCUAUAGUUUCUUUGUCGGAUUUGGACUUGGCCUGAUUUCCCCAUCUACUUUCAUGGCCAUUAACUCCUACUUCAGCAGCAAGCGAGGACGUGCAGUGGGCUUCUCAUUGGCCGGAGCUGGCAUGGGUCAGGUCUUCAUUCCCCACAUGGUGCGUUACUUCCUGCACAACCAUGGCUUCCGUUUCGCAGUCCUUGCCAUGGCUGCCUUAUCACUGUUUGGGUUGCUGGGAGCCAUGUUUCUGAAACCCCUAAAUCCUCCAAUGAAGCACAACAAUCGCAAGCACAUGAAGCUGCUGGCAGAUAAAGAGGACAAGAAUCAGACUAGAAUUACAAUAGAACCAGCUGAAAGCAGUGUGAUUGCACCCAAGGAAAAGUCAGAGACUGUGUGCAGCAAAAUGGGACAUCGUUUAACCCAAGCCAUGGACUUGGGGCUGCUGAAGGACAUUGUUUUUUGGAGCAUUAUCGUUGGCAUGGCAUUGGUGUAUACAGCUACAAUUAACUUCACCAUGGUCUUUCCCACUUUCCUGAAGCAGACAGCUGGAUUCGACAGCCAAGUGGUGGCCAACUGCAUGUCCGUGGUGGCUGGAGCGGACAUAAUUUGUCGCCUGCUGCUGCCCUGCAUUACCGAUCGUCUGAGGAUUCCCUAUCGUGUUGUCUUCCUACUGGGGACGGCGGGAAUGCUGAUUGCCCGAGCUUGUCUGGCUCAGACUACAAAUCUGCACAUCAUCCUGGUCAUGUCUGUGCUCACUGGCAUGACCAAAUCAGCGACUGUGAUCAACAACAAUCUCACGAUCUCAGCGCACUGCCGAGCAGACAAACUAGCCGGUGGUCUGGGUCUCAGCAUGAUUUCAAAGGGUAUCAUUGUGAUAACAGUUGGUCAACUGCUUGGCUGGAUUCGGGACUAUGCAGACUCGUAUGUAAUCUGUUUAUACGCACAGAGCGUGCUGCUGCUCCUGGUCGUACUCGUGUGGACCCCAGAGAUCUAUUAUCGUUUCACUAAGCAGAAGCAAAUCACGUCGAAAUCCAUGGAGACUACUUAUAUGUCACCAGAGCAGGCGUCUAUAAACUCGCGCUCAUAGUCAACAACAAUAAUUAUAAAUGAACUGAAUCUAAGGAUGUGAUAACUACUUUAUGUCAUAGAUUUAUACUGUAUUUUUAGGCUACAUCGACUAUUUAUUAUCAUAUAGUACGUAAGGACUUGUGACUUUUUUAAUUACCCAUUGCCAAAUGAAACACAAUAGAUACAUUUAAAAAAAACCAAA